CCACGCUCAACCACCACGACGCCUGACGAGACUGUACAGCGACCCUGCCACCUUCACGAACGGACGACUCACUCGCCAUGACAAACAGACCACGUAACAGUGUCCUGUACAUGUUCGACCCUCUCGAGUCGAUGACGACGCCGCGCAGGGAUGGGUCACCCGACUCUGGGAGUUCCGACAAGGAGAACGACAUCCAACCGGGAGAAGUCACUGUCUUCUUCAACAGAAUCUACACUACGCAGAUGAACACCGCUCCGAAGAACCCGAAUGGCAAGCUCAUCGAUAUUGGCGACACGACCACGGACGACGUGUUUGGAGAAGAGACUGUAGAUUGUAUGACUGCAUCACCCGCAGACACAUCGAGUGCGGCGAGGACGCCAGAUGGACAUCCUACGAAGAGGACACCGCUGGGCGACAUCGAGAUUGAAGAGGUCCCCAUGUCCGCUGGGGCCGCAGCGUCGCCACCUGACCCGACCAAUCCUGUCUUUGACGAGGAAGACGACGCAACCCCACUCCGAGUCGUUACUGCUGCGCCCACAGGCGCGCCGUUGGCAGAUGUCAUCAACUCCAUUAAUCUGUCUGCGAUGACCAUCUCGGGUUCGGCGCCUCCAAGCCCCCUCGCGAACCGCAGCCCGCUCCCCCCGCUGCGAGAGGACUCGGACGAAGAUGGCACUGACGAGGAGGGCGAGCUCAGGCCAAACUGCGGAGAGGUCGAAGACACUGUCUCCAUUCCUCUUAUGAUUACUGUCAGCUCACCCACGAGCACGUAUGAAGAGUCGAAUUCAUUGACGGACUGGGUCCUUCCGCCUUCAUCGGAAUCACCGACGGACCGUCUCUUCGCGUCAUCGACUGUGGCCCCGCUUCCCCCGACACGGAGGCCCUUGGUGAAAAACCGCAUCCCGAAUGACGAUCCUCGACGAGCGUCCGUUGAUUUGCAGGCAUCAUUCAACAUGCAGAUGCAGUCGGCGGAGAUGUCGUUUGACCUGCUCAACGACAAGAUCUCCUUCCAGGCUGGGGACUCCAUGUGGGCGGGCGGCGAUGACGAGGAAGAACCAUUUGACAUGGCAGCUGAGAUGAUGAAGAUGGAGGCCGCUGCUAAUGAAUACGAACGUAUCGAACAUGACAAGGAAGAAGUCGUCGCCAGUGCAGCAGCGCCUUCGGUGUUAUAUACCGGGCAGAACGAGGGAACGCAGCCAAGCGGAGAUGCCCAAGUUCUCAUUGAUACUGGCAUCGCCCAACUGGACAUAACGGAUAUGCCAGAAGUGCCAGCAUCUCAGCCUGUCAUCGAGACCCCGCCCAAGGUGUUCAAUGCUACGCCGUCUUCUACAUCAAGCAAGAGCGAACAAUCAAGCGGGACAGAGCGCCGUCAGUAUCUGAAGAUGCUCACAGGUUCGCCAACACUUGCGCCGACAUCGCGAGAGCAAAGCCCUCCUCCCGCUGCAGUCGCACCCGCCCCUGUCCCUGCUUUGAGGAUCGUCAAGAAGACAUGGAAGGUGCACGGCCGCACGGACUCCGGCACGAGUGCAGGGUCAUCCACGUCCACAGCCAGCUCAAGCUCCAGCUCUGGUACGCGGUCCACCUCGCCAGCCUCGAGCAACCCGAUCGACUCCGCACCGAGAGCAUCCAAUAAGGAUGAGAAACUUGCGGCUCUCACUGCCGAGCCCGUCCGCCCGAGGACCGUCAUCCGCGGAGUGCAACGCCCACCUGCGGGUGCCGAGCUCACCAGCGCUGGCGUCGUCGUCCCCGCUCCAGGCAGCACCCGGCCUGCGGUUGCUCCAGCGAAGUCACGGGCAUCCAUCGCGCGCGAGGCUUCAGCACGCUUCGCCGCGGCGGGUGUGCAGCGCCCGAAUUUGCAGCAGGGACAACGCGCGCCACAGGUACCGGUGCAGAAGGCUCCGCCCGCUGCUGCAGCAUCGAGGGCGCAGAGGCCAAUCGCAGGCACAACCAGCACGACGUCCAGGUCGGCCAGCUUGGGGCGGCUUGCUGGUGCCGGGCUUGCGUUGAAGAUUGUGGGGUCGACGUCGGGGAGUCUGAGAGCCCCCAGCACGAGCGGCAUUCCAGCGAGCAAGUCUUCAUCUGCUCUGCCCAGGCCUGCGUCACGUCUGCCUGCCCCAAGCGCGGGUGUGAAGAGCAGAGACGCGAAGAUACCGGCGCCGGGAGCCAGGACCGCCUCGACUGGCAUUAGGAGGGCCUUCUGAACGACGCACGAUUGACGAAGUACUGCAUAUGCACUCAUCGUCUGGUCCCCACUCAUCCCCAUUGACACGUAACAGCAUGCACCAUGUUUCUUAUGAUUUGGCACGUCGCACGCAUAACAUAUACCGCCCAAUCUUCCAAGGUAAACUAUACACAUAAGUCUCUUCCUUCCUGUCACACUGGUGCCUUUGCAAUCUCCUCGUUACUAGUUCUUGCUAGGUCUCUCUUACUCAGACUGUGUUGCAUGCCUUCACGAACUAGCACUGCGCCGAAUAGCAUUCAUAGUACAGCGC